AUGUCGGUUAUAAACAACCAUCAACAGUCGGUUGAAUAUUCUUCAUCCCCAAACACUCCGCAGACAAGCGUACAAAAUAAUGCAAGUAAUGUUGAAGUGUUACAGGUGAAGGAGGAAGGUCGUGGGUUAGAUUCCCCCAACGACAAUCAUUUUUUCGAGCGCCGGGGAUCCGAGGAUGACAAUAUGGACCACAAUCACGAUCAAGAUUCGCUGGCAGAUGGACCUCAACAUCGUCAGUCCAAUAAAAGGUCGAAAGUGACUAGGAGAUCGAUUGCUUGUAAAAGCUGUCAUGCUUUAAAAGUUAAAUGUACCCCCUCGGAUCCCCUGGACCCGGGCAAGCCCUGUAUCAGAUGUCUCAAUGCUAAUAGAAAGUGUGAAAUUGACCUUAAUCAAACUAGAAAAAGGAGAAAAAAAUCAGAAAUACUCGAAGCAAAGAGAAGAGAGGCUGAAGAAAAGCUCAAGAACUCGGGAGAAGUAGACUCGAGUAAUAAUGGAGAGCAAAGCCCAUUGAAACACAGUGCGGAAAAGACACACAGGAAAAGCUUAGGUGAUGAUCACUCAAAGUUGCCUUCACCUACUCGAUCAGCUGCUCCUUCGCAGUUUCGUAUGCAAAAUUCAGCAGUGCCGCCAAUAUCUAGCAACUUGAAUCCAAUAAACACCCAGACACAGAAUAUAUCACCACCUAAAUCAAUAAACGAUGAUGCUACAAAGAUUCAGUCCAGCUCGUCGUCACCUGCGAUGCUGAAAGAUGAGGAGAUCGUCAAUUUGAAACAGAGAAUACUCACCUUAGAGACCCAAUUGAGCCAUAGAAACCAUUUUCAUAGAAAGACCCUCACUGACUCUCAAUCGGAUACUCCGUCGGAAAUGUUUUCUCCACCAUUCGUUUCAAAGUCUGACCUAGAACAAGAGAUUGCAACCUUGGCAGAAUCUUCAUCGAAAUUGACUGAUUUAACUAAUGAACUCAAUGCUUUGGCUAAUAGGAGAACUAGAAUGCUCAAGAGUAACACACCACCCGAUGUUGUUUCAAAAGGAUUGAUAACUUUACCAGAAGCAGAAAGAAGGUUGCACUUGUACAGAAGUAGGAUUCUUUCCUUUUUGCCAUUCAUAGAUGUGCCAGAUGAUAUAACUGCCGAUGCUUUACGGACCGAACAACCUUUCUUGUUCAAUGCCGUGAUGGCAGCUAGCAACACUGUCAAUACCACAGUGACAGACUCAGACAUCGACCAUGCUUUGGCGUUGGAUAACGAGGCAAUUAGAUCUGUUUGUGAUGAGGUGAUGGUUGUUGGUAGAAAAUCGGUGGAAUUGAUCAAAAGCAUGCUCAUUUUGACCUUAUAUUAUAAUUCUCCAGAGCUAUUCAGACAACGUCGGUAUCAUUUACUCAACAAUAUCAGUGUGUCACUUUUGCAUGAUUUAGGUAUAGUGGCAAGACCAUCAUAUUCGUUUGAUAACAGUGACGGCUCGUUGAAGCAAAACCCAGAACAAAAAACGAGUGAGGAGUACAAGUCGAUUGUGUUGAUCAUAUACUUCAGCACUGUCAGUAUAUGUCUUAUCCUCAGAAGGGCAAUUUACAUCAAAUGGACACCCUAUGUUGAAGAAUGCUGCAUAGCUCUCGAAAACUCUUCGGAGGAAAAGUACCGCAAAUUGGCAUUAUUUGCCAGAAUCAAUGCCGCUUUGGAAAAGAUUCAUCAUAUUAUUCACUCACCCGAAAUAGGAGAUAAAAGAGUGUCCAGUUCGCAAUAUAUGAUUCAGGAGUUACAACGGCAAUUGACCGAGUUGCGGAAAAAGGUUAGCGACAAUGAUCAUGUAUUUUUGUCGUACCUAUACUCGAUUGAGGCAUACUUGCACGAGCCUAAUUUGAGCAACAUAUUUAAACCAGACGAAUCACAAUUGAGCGCAGUUGCAGUCAAAGCUAUAUCCAAUUGUACAAACUCGUGCCUCGCAGCAUUGAAUGAAUACAACAAGUUAACAUCAGACCAAGUUGCGCAAAUGCCUUUGGCGUUUGGCUCCAGAGUGAUGUACACGGGUGGAAUGUUGCUUCGAUUGAGAUUUUUAAUCUUGUCCCUUCCAUCACACAUUGAAAAAGAUUUGGUCCCUCGUGAUGCAGUAAUAUCGAUUCAGAAAGUGAGCAACUUGGUCGAGCAGGCCCAUAACCAACAUCCAACAAAUCACUUGUUGAAAAAGACUAGGUUGGUGUUGCAGUUGUUCAUUCAAACGUAUGCUACUCAAGUCAAUGAUUUGCUUCGCAAAAAUGGCGAAACUCCUCAAAACUUUAAGCCAACACAGCGAGACGCAGUAGAGUUGAAGAGGGUUGCAUCCAAUUUUGAAGAGUCGAGAGGUAGACAAGGCUUGAUGAGAGAUGAAGUGCACAGCGUUCCAUUGGAAAUUCUUUCUUAUGCGGCAUCAUACCGACGCGAAGGGAAUCCGGGUCAGCGACCACGUACAGUUUCUGAAUCAAAGGACAAGACUAAAAAUGCCACCACAUUUUCUCCUCAGCCCAUUGGCUCUCAAGUUCCGUUUACCUCUGCUGGCAACACUCCGGUUAACCAGGUGACCUCGCCACCACCAUCGUCCAUACCUUUCCAACCUCAGCAACCACCAGUACUUCAACCGUCGCAGCAACUCCAACAACAACAAGCACCUCUUUUGCAGCAAACACCGAAUGGCGAUUCAGGUCUCACACCACCAUCAGUAGUGGCCCCAGCCACUGCCAGCACAUUUGACCCGACAAUGCAGCAUACAGGGCUUACGCCAGGCAAUUUUGACUACAGACAAUUUAGAAUUCCGCUGUUAUCAAAUCCAGCAGGUGUCGGCAAUACGGGCCAUAACUUGUUCAACAAUAAUGGCAAUGGUAACAACGGCAACAACAACAACAUACCCAACCCUCACCUUGCCAACCCUGACCAAUUGGAAAAUUCGUACCUGGUGUUGAAUGACGAAUUCUGGUCAAACUUAUUGAGCACUGACUCUACUGAUAGGAUUAAUUUCAGCAGUAAUAAUACCAAUUGGAACCAGAUGAAUGAUGAAGUUUUUUUUAUGGAAUAG